AUGGACGACGGAACACCAACCGGGUUCCGGCUCCAACAUGGUAGGGCGCAACAGCAGCAACAGCAGCAACAGCAGCAAUCUCUUCCACGCCCAGCCUCAGUACUCUCACAAAUCCCCACAUCUACAGCUUUUUCACAACCAACUGUCGGCUUACGCUCAGUAUCUAUGAACUCAGCUCUAUUAUCCAAUGGGUCUGGACCACGACUUCGGGUGGCUCGCAGCAAUGUUGAUCAAGACGAAAAAAUCACAAUCUCAGGGCUCGGUGCACGCGCUGCUACUGGGAAUUCAUCAGGCCCUACCACAAAACAAUACUUACAACGUGGCAAAGGAGCAAGAAUAGCUCCUGAAGCCACCAGUCCAGCUGUCUCAGCAACCUCUGGAACACCCCGAUUCUUUGCAUCCUCGGGGCUCAGGAUUCGCAGUGGCAAUGGAAGUACCAGCACAAACUCAAGCAAUAGCAAUUAUGCAACACCAAAUACAUAUGCUUCAGGAGGAAUCUACGAUUCAAACAAUAUGCAGAACCUGCCGCGAAUUCUUCCUCCAGGUCAAUUACCAUAUGCUUCAACACCAGAGUCACCACCAAAUUAUACAAACUACAUGGACUUAUCACCACUACCUUCGCCUGGCCCUAUAGUUCGGCAAACAUUAUCAAGAAGCAGUAAUUACAGCGAUAGCAGUGGUGGAGGCGGUGGAAUGGUUCGUGCUGGGUCACCAGUCCUUCGAGCAGGAUCGCCAAUAAUGCGGACUGGGUCGCCUGUGCGCAGCGGGUCCGCGCUGGGUGUGUAUUCUGUGCGUGCACCGAUUGGUGUUAUGAAGAUGGCGCCGCAGCAGCCUAGGGUGCAGCCGGGUCUGCACGGGUUGGGGUCACCUGCAGGGAGUUUAGCUCCCAAGUUUAUAAAUCAAAACAAUGAAGAUCCAGAUGAAUAUGACGAAGAUGUUUUUGAUGAGAAUAUCGAGGAUUUUUAUAAUAGCGAAAGUGACGAAGAAAGACCGGAAACUGUUCAACCCAAAAUGCUACUCAAGGUACCUAAACCAAUGUUGGUUCUCCCUAAAAAUGGGGCCACUGUUUUGGGCAAUACCAAUGAACCAAUAGAGGAAGAUAGCAAGCAGGUGAAGGAUUUACGAGUAAAACAAGCACGAUCUGAUCGAAAGAUUAUGGAUUUGGAAAUUUCCAAUGAGUCGCUAAUGAAGGUGAAUAAGUACCUGGAAAAACGGUUACGUUCGCAAGCCAAACAUAUCCAAAAGGCUAAGCUGGCUCAAACAAGCAGUCGUUUUUUAUUUUCUAAUACUUUAAAUGGAGAGUACGAUAUGGGAGAAAUAACAGAUGAUGAUGAGGAAGAUGAAGAAGAAGAUGAAGAAGAAGAUGAUGAUCAAGAAGAAGAAGAAGACGAAGAAGAAGAUGAUGAGGAUGAAGAUUUGGACGGAGAAACUACGCCUGAGGAAGACAUUGCACGCAAGACACGAUUAAUUGAAAAGCGUAUGCAGUCUCACAUCAAGUUUUUAGAAUCAUCUGAGAAGGUCAAUAAGCAGAUACACAGUUGCUUGUUUAUUUCAGAAGCCCUCAUUUUACAAGCUACCAAAUCUUUGGGUUAUGAAGUGGAUCCUUCAGAAGUUAAACUGGGAGGCCAAGUGACUGCACGAGCUUUUGAUGAUAUUGGUGAGGCCAGUUUCCAAGAAGGAGAUGAAGGAGACGCCGAUACUGAGAGUGGACCAGUGUUGACAACGAUUGAAGAGACAAAUGAGGACCAAGGACAAAUUAAAAGUGAAAAGACUGUACCUGAAAGCGACUCAGAUGAUGGAGAUUAUUCAGCAUUCAAGUAUAAGAACCGUGUGCAGACCACCUUUACGAGUUUUUUGCCGCUGGACGUCAUGGACGAGAUUGAAAAGGAAAUUGAUGGACUUAUUGAUGAAGAAACAGGCGAAAACGCUACAGAUGAAAAUAAAAAUAGGAACCGAAAUCGUCGUAAUAAUAAUAAUAAUGAUGACGAUGACGAUGACGAUGACGAUGAUGAUGAUGAUGACGAUGGAGAGAUUGAGCGGAUACCUGUUGCAGAAAGAAUUGGGGGGAUUGUGGAUGAUGAUGAUGAAGACGAUGCGCAGUUUGCACUCCGAAAUCCGGCAUUACAACAGCUUCAUUGA